GGCUCGCAACAUUCUUCCAGCCGGCCAGCUCGACGCAGCAUCAGGCAGGCAGCGGGCAUCAGCAUCAGGCACACAUCGAAUGCAAGCUAGCGCAGGCGGGUGCAGCGAAGGCGAGGACAGAUAAUCUUCCGAUCCGUCCCGUGGCGAGCAGGACGUCGUGAGGGGUACAAGAAGGCCGCUUCUUCUCGCCUCAUCUUCCAAUGCCCCACACACCUCCUCCUUCUCUCUUCAACAUGCCUCGCUCCAUCGAAGACCUCGACGCCGUCGAGAAGCGCAGUGCCUCGCCCUCGUCGCACGGCGGCGACAAGGCCGUCGUGUCGACGUCGCCGCUCGACACGCUCGCCGCGCUCGGCCACGACGGCGAGCCCAUCAGCGCCGCCGACUCGGCGCCCAUCGACGAGGCCGAGAAGAAGCGCGUGCUGCGCAAGAUCGACACGAUCCUCAUGCCGCUCAUGUACUGCUCCGUGCUGCUGCAGUUCCUCGACAAGACGUCGCUCAACUACGCCAACCUGCUCGGCGUCAAGACGGACCUGCACCUGACGGGCAAGCAGUACAGCUUCCUCGGCUCGGCCUUCUACCUCGGCUGGCUCGGUGCCUCGCCGCUGCACGGCUACAUGCUGCAGCGCUUCAACAUUUCGCGCUACGUCGGCGUCGUCAUUCUGCUCUGGGCCACGUGCCUCGGCCUGCAUGCCGCCGCAUACAACUACGCCGGCCUCGUCGCCUGCCGCAUCUUCCUCGGCAUCCUCGAGGGCGGCCUCACGCCCGCCUUCAUCCUCGUCACCGGCCGCUUCUACACGCGCAAGGAGCAGGUCAUCCGCACCAGCUGGUGGUUCAGCGCCAACGCCACCGCCCAGAUCCUCGGCGGCGGCAUUGCCUACGGCCUGCUCUCGCAGCCUGCCGGGCCGCUGCAGACGUGGCGCACCAUGUUCAUCAUCCUCGGCGCCAUCACGGCCUUCUACGCAUUCCCCGUCUUCUUCUUCAUGCCCUGCGGCCCCGAGGAGCACUGCCGCUUCUUCAGCAAGCGCGAGCGCCUCGUGGCCAUCGAGCGCGUGCGCGAGAACAAGACGGGCCUGCACGACAAGACGUUCAAGUGGGACCAGCUGCGCGAGGCGCUCUGCGACCCCCGUCUGUACCUCUUCUUCUGCGGAGUCGCCGCGGCCAACGUGGCGAACGGCGGCGUUUCGAACUUCGGCAGCGCCAUCAUCUCCGGUCUGGGCUACAACAAGAAGGACACGGCGCUGCUCGGCAUGGCGCCCGGCUUCGCCGAGGGUGUCUUCAUCGCCGCCGGCGCCUGGCUCGCCAACCGCACGGGCAGCCGUGCCAUCCCCGGCUGCGCGGCCUUCCUCGUCGCGCUCGUCGGCGGUGCCCUCAUGAUCAGCCCGAGCCUCACCUCGGCCGUCAAGUUCCUCGGCUACACCAUCGUGUUCGCCUAUCCCGUCGCCAGUCCCUUCUACUACUCCUGGCUCUCCAGCUGCAUCGGCGGCACGACGAAGCGCAUCGUCUUCAACGCUGCCCUCCAGCUUGGCUACUCGGCCGGCAACAUCGUCGGCCCGCAGCUGUACCGCCAGCAGGAUGCGCCCAACUACCUGCCCGCCAAGAUUGCCAUGGAGGCCAUGUUCGGCAUCUCGGCGAGCUGCCUCGUCGCCAUUGCGCUCAUCCACCGCUACUGGAACCACAAGCGCGACGCCGCCGGCGAGGUCGAGGAGCACAACGCCCUCGAGGGCCUCGAGGACCGCACGGACAAGGACCUGCAGAGCUUCCGCUACCCGUACUAGACGCCUCGUCGUCUCCCUGCUACCCCCUUCCUGUGCUUCUGCUCUCCCCUUCACGCCCUUUGUCAUGUCCACCACCUGUCACCGCAUCGCUGCCAAGCAAUUAUAGACGUUCCUCACGCA